CUGCUAACAUUUCUAUUUGGUUGGGCUUGGAUCCGCCUGCCAUAUCUAGCGCCGCUUCCUAGGGAAUCCCGUAGUUUUCCGCUUGCUAACAGGUAAUAUUAUCUUAUAGUAACCCCGUAUCUUAUUAUUUAGAGUCCCAUUGUGUUAAUGAAAUAAGUCAUAUUAGGUGGCGUAACUGGGAGCAUGGAGACCGUCGCUAUAGAUAUCUUACGCUUGCUCACUUUAGGAAGGCCUUGGAUGAUCUUCAGGAAGGCCAGUUUGUGUGGGUUGCUUAUGCUCUCGAUCGCGUGGAUCCGGACAUAAUUCCUCCAGACAUCUACAUGCACUCGGUCUGUUGGAGCGCUACGGUGUCGUUGGUCAGUUUUGAAUGCAUUGAGUGGCAUGCAACUGAUAGGUAUAGGCGACAGUUCGAUUUUGUUCAGGGAGUUCCGCAUCAGGAACAGAAUCUAGACAAGACACACGGAGAAGUCCUUACUGGUCCUAAGAAUCUUAACUGGGCCACGGCUACGACUCAUUCAUUUUGGGUGAUGUAGUGGACAAAUAGGUAUAAUCACGUUCUUACUGAGCUUUCCAUGCCUUCACAACAUCCCUUGGAUACUUACAAGUACUGGUACCGAGCAAAAUUUGGGGACCGUUUGAACUUGUCCAAUCUUAUGGUUCAAGAGAAUGAUGAGGGUAAUCAACAUAUGGAUGUUGACAGUCAAGAGCAGGAGCCACAGUCACCUCCACCACCCCCUCCACAUCCGAAUCCACUUCCACAAGAAUAACCUAUGUCCUCAAGCCAAUAUGUACCUCAAACACAGUUUACCACAUCGUACCCAAUACAUCAGCAGCAUUCGGAUAUACCACAGUUUGACACAGGAGAUGGAGGUUCUUUUAGCCAGUUGCUUGGUUUCAUGUCUGCAGAUGCAGGACAAUCACAAUAUGUCUAGCAGCCUGAUUACUUUAUGGUGGGUAGGUAUUCCUUGGAUGCGUGGCAUUUGUUAGCCACUUCGUCCGGUGCUUCUGGAGGGUUUGUAUCUGUUGACUCUAGUAGGAGUGACGGUGGUUGUGAGAUUCUUAAUAGUCAAAACCCUAAUCGUGUUUCAAUGGGUCUUAUUCAAGAAAAUGCUAACACACUUGAACAAGAGACUGAUGGGUAUAUAGUAGAUGAACCGGAUGACGAAGACGAGGAGGAGGAGGAGGAUGAAAUAGAGGAGUCCGACGAGGAUGAAGAAUCCCGUAAUCAUGGUAAGGCACGUACUCCAGAUGAGGCAGGAAAAGGUUACAAUCUCAGGGUUGAUCCUCCACGUCAUAGUGCUAGUCGGUACACUCCUUUUGUGUUCAAAAAGGCCGCCAAGAAAUGCAAGAAUCUUGUGAAGGAUGUAAAGUGGGCAAUGAGAAAGUAGUUGUUGUGUAGUUAACAU